AAAUAUUUUAAUAGUCAUGUUUGAAAAAUAUUGAAAAUGAAUACGAAGGAAAAGGAAAAAUAUAUUGAAGAAUUUGAUUUUCCUCAUUGUGAUGAAUCUUCUAAAUAUGAAAAAGUUGCAAAAAUUGGUCAAGGUACUUUCGGAGAAGUAUUUAAAGCUAGAGAUAAGAAUUGUACUAAAAAAUUUGUAGCUAUGAAAAAAGUAUUAAUGGAUAAUGAAAAGGAAGGGUUUCCUAUAACUGCUUUAAGGGAAAUAAGAAUAUUGCAAUUAUUAAAACAUGACAAUGUAGUAAAUUUAAUAGAAAUAUGUAGAACAAAAGCAACUCAAUAUAAUCGUUAUCGUUCUACAUUCUAUCUUGUGUUUGAUUUUUGUGAACAUGACUUAGCAGGUUUAUUGUCAAAUGUAAAUGUCAAAUUUAAUUUAGGAGAAAUUAAAAAAGUUAUGCAACAAUUAUUAAAUGGUCUUUAUUAUAUACAUAGUAACAAAAUUUUGCAUAGAGAUAUGAAGGCUGCAAAUGUUUUAAUAACAAAAAAUGGUAUAUUAAAAUUAGCUGAUUUUGGAUUAGCUCGUGCAUUUAGUGUAAAUAAAAACGGUCAACCAAAUCGUUAUACAAAUAGAGUUGUUACUCUUUGGUAUAGACCACCUGAACUUUUGCUUGGUGAUAGAAAUUAUGGUCCUCCUGUAGAUUUAUGGGGUGCAGGAUGCAUAAUGGCUGAAAUGUGGACCAGAUCACCUAUAAUGCAAGGGAAUACAGAGCAACAACAGCUCAUAUUAAUUUCUCAAUUAUGUGGUUCGAUUACAACAGAAGUAUGGCCAGGAGUAGAAAAUUUAGAAUUAUUUAAUAAAAUGGAUUUACCUAAAGGUCAAAAACGAAAAGUUAAAGAUAGGUUAAAACCAUAUUUAAAGGAUCCUUAUGCAUGUGACUUAUUAGAUAAACUUUUAAUUCUUGAUCCAUCUAAAAGAUUUGAUGCAGAUUCUGCGUUAAAUCACGAUUUUUUUUGGACGGAUCCUAUGCCUUGUGAUCUUAGUAAAAUGUUGGCUCAACAUACCCAGAGUAUGUUCGAAUAUUUAGCCCCACCAAGACGUCCUGGUCACAUACGUCAUCCUCAUCAUCAAGUACCUGGAGGACCAGCCAAACCUAGUUCUAGUAUGGCUGACAGUGGUUACCAAGAUCGUGUAUUUUAGAAUAGUUAUAUUUUCUUUUUAUAACUAUAGACUGCCAUUCAUUAUUCAUAUUUUUUUCAACUCAUAGCAUUUUGAUAUAAGAUUUGACUUUAACUUUAUUAGUAAUGAUAGAAUAUUAGUUAAAAUUAAAAUUUUAAUUUAUAUAAAAUUUUUAAAUGUAAAAUUUUCUUAUGUAUAUAUAUACAUAAACAGAAUAAUUCUCUCAAUGAACUCAAAAGCAAUAUUGUGAUAUUUAUGCAUAUAUGAUUUAUAAUAUUUGUGAACAAAUAUAAAUUUUUUCGUUUUGUAGUCGUUUCGUAAAAAUUUAAUAACUAGCUAAUAAUAGAAUAGUCAUGUUGACAAAUCAUUAUAUAUAAAAUGAGGUUAUUAAUACAAUUUUUAAGCAAUGAAUUGCUUUUGAAUUCAUUUGAAAGAAAAUCAUCAUAUAUAUAAGUUAUAAAAAAUUUAUGGAAAUUUAUAUAUAUAUAUAAAUUUUGUACAAGUAGAAA